GCAUUGGAAAUAAUUUUUUUAGCCAAUCGCUACGAGGAUAUUUACUGAUGAUUACGCAAUGGCUUUCCUUACAACAACCGCGUAAAAUUCACACCGUGCGGUUCGUAGGAUGUAAAUACAGUAUGCGACCGACGUGUAGGCUUGACUAUGGUACCUGGUCUCGUUCCAAUUUCCCAUUCCGCUAUUCUUCUGUCUGAAGUUUUGCCGCUGAAUUUCUUUCGCUCUUGUAUCGGAAGUCAAUUCGAAGAGGUUUGGCGCUGAUUAGGCAAUAGACAGAAGAAGCAGAAGUUAAUUACUACCGAAGGAAGAAGUACGAGAUUGUGAAAUUGGUGGUUCGCUGAGAGCAGACAACAAAGAUUACGACGAGGAGGAGAAAAGGGCGCGACUGGGACGUCUGUUAGACUCAAAAUGCAAAGUAGGAAUCCUGUGAAGCCGAAGGAUGAACUCUCAUCUCAGAACGACAGACGAACCGAGGGUUCAGCUUUGAGACACUCAAGUAAUGGUGUGAAGUCUCUUGCAAAGCCAAACAGUGUCAGUUCUGUCAAGGGCAAUGGGACAUCUUCUGUGAAAAGAGAACUUACUGAAAAGUCUAAUGGGGCUUCUGUUAUGAAAGCUAAUGGAUCGGCGAUUGUGAAAAGAGAUGCAUCCGACGUUAAGAAGGAGGCAUCGACAAGUGGGGCGAAAGCGAUCGUGAAGAAGAGUGUUAGUGUUGUAAGUACCACGACAAAGGUAGUUACGAAGAAAACCAAGACCGAGGAGAAGGAGAAGAAGAAAGUUUUUACCUUGCCAGGACAAAAGCAUGAGGCUCCUGAAGAAAGGGAUUCUCUCCGUAUCUUUUACGAAAGCUUGCAUGAACAAAGGCCAGAUAGUGAAAUGGCAGAAUUCUGGAUGAUGGAGCAUGGUCUGCUAUCACCAGAACGGGCGAAGAAGGCUUUUGAGAAAAAGCAAAAGCGGGGGCAUAGCAGUUUCGGCACGCCAGUCAAGAAUUCAACACCGUCUAGAGAUACCAGUAGCAAACUAGCCGCUAAGAGCUCAGUCUCGAAUGGUAAAGCGAGUGCUAGCAAGGUUUCAGAACAAAAGGGGAAGAGGAAAUGGGAGUCCGAUAGUGAUGAUGAUCUUCUUAUUGCUAGGCCACUGAAGAGGAAGCUCAAAACUUAGAUGCAUAGGCAAAUUCCCUAGAAGCAUCCGUUUAUGUUUCAAAAGUAAGAAUGUAUACUGUGCAGUUGAAAAAAAGUCUUGAAAUGUUGAAAUUGCGUCGUACCGAGUAUCUUCCGGCUAGAGUAAUUAGCGAUCCAUACCGAAUUUCCCAAAACACUUCUUUCAUGAGUCCUCGUCCGACAGUAAGGAG